GGAAAUCAAUAUCCUGCACUACUUCAAGAGCUCAAUCGAAGACCAUCGACUCGAGACACAAAUCUUCAGCAAUGAUCACCAAUUACGAGAAGGAAUGGAUAUGUAUUGGCUACAUACAACUAACGCUGCCUCGAUUUCUCGACUGAGGGACGAAUCUAUUGAUGUACAUGUAUGAUAAUAUACGCGACGGCGUUUGCCCGCCGCAAAGAAUGAAUUGAUUUCGGGAUGUUAUAAAAGCCCCACUGUCGCAACAAUUGUUGACCUCAACUUUCUUUCGAUACCUGUUGCUCUCAAAUUCGCUACUGCCGUAACACUUCCACUCGUUCAAACCAUGCGUUUCUUUUCCGUUCUUUAUACCAUCGUUGCUGCUGCCAGCGUGGCCUUAGUUUCUGCCCAAGAAGCCGCCCGUUUCGGUAUAGUGAAUGUCACUCCCACCGGACUGCUCACAGCCAAUGAAAGCAUCACAAUAAAGUACAACUCGACCCUUGCUCAAAAUCAACCUCUUUACGUCGACUUUUAUCUGGAGGGAGAGUUUUCCAAUGGAAAUGCUGCUCCGAACCUCUUGAUCUCGAGGAACAAUUACACUGCCAAUCAAACCAUUCUCCUUCAGAACGCAACGGUGCCCAAUCUCGAUUUGUUGGGUAAUGUCACCUACGCCCUUUGGGCUUGGGUUACUUACAACCAAAGCGGCUUGUUGCAAAUCGGAGGGGUCUCCGCAUAAGUACAGGAAAGGGUGUAGUAGAUGCAGCGGUGUCGUUUAGGACCAGUUGCCCUCAUGGAACUGAGCUGAUAUGUACUACUUUCCGCAUUCCCUGCCAAUAUACAUCGCAUGAUUUUGUUCCAUCAGAUCUUGCGUGUGGAUCAGUUGUAGUUGUGAUGAGGAGAUAAAUUAUACAGUAUGUUCCUCUCCUGGUGUGGAGUGGAAUCAUGCGACGCCUUGUUUAUGAAGUAGUGGGGUUAUAAUUGUAAGAAAGUUGAGAAUACUUCAGCCAGUGAGAGUUGGGGAAUAGAUACACUUUAUCCUUCUUCAA